AUGGCUGGGAGAUUGUGUGAUGCUGUUCUUGUGCUCGUGAGUGGGCUUCCUGCUGCUGGUAAAACGACGCUGGCGAAGCAUCUAGCGGCACACAGCAGUACGCCUUCAAGGUUGUAUGAGCGGAUCUCCUUUGAUGAUCUCUAUGAUCAAAUGGCUAGUGAAGACACAAGCUCGAAACCUGCCGAGUUCGACCCAGAACAGUGGAAAGUGUGUCAGAGAGAUAUGGUGGUGCGAGUUACUAGGCGUCUAGAGGAACUAAAGGCAUCAGACACGAGCAAAGCGGCCACGCCGCAACUGGUGCUGCUUGUCGACGACAAUUUCCAGUAUCGGAGUCAACGCAAACGCUUCUUCCAGCUCUCCACUGAGCUGAAUUGCGGCUUCGGUUUGGUGUACGUGAACGUCUCUGGAGACAUUUGUCGUGAGCGGAACGCUAGUCGGAACAAAGGUGCACGAGUACCUGAUGAGACCUUUCAGCGGAUGGUGACAGUCUUUGAGCCUCCUAACGGCGAUCAAAAUCCAUGGGAAGUGAACACAUGCGAGUUGACUAGUUCAAGCGAUGUCUCUGAUAUCGAGGAGUUGAUGGACACAUUGGUUCAGCAAGCGGACAAGGAAUUGAAAGAGCGACGCUGGCUUCAUAUUGAGAAAACAAAGGAAAAAGCGCAGCAGCGCCGUGAUCGCUUGGCAACGCAGCGAAGCGUGCUUCACCGUGUUGAUCUGCAGCUACGCCAAUGGAUAUCGGCACAACUGCAAGACGAAGUUGUUCUUUCACGUGGUAUACCAAAGGCACAACUGGCGUCCCAACUCAAUCAGCGCCGGAAGAAAUUCCUAGAGUCCUUGAAGCGUUCACCCAGUGACAUCGCAGCUUCUUUUCCAGAAGACAUUGAUCAAGUGGUGGUUUCGUUGGUUCUCCGAUUUCAGCAACAACAAGAAUAG